ACUUUCUCUAUACUUUUGCCUUUGGUUAUACUCUACUUAUAUAUAUUUAAUCUAUGAACACUGCUUUGGUUUUAAAGAAGUACUACUAAAAAUGAGUGCAAAAGCCUUUUUAACAAGAAGGCUAACAUUCUCUGCCUGUCAUAGAUUACAUAGUAUACAUCUGACUGACAAAAAAAAUUUAGAAAUUUAUGGCAAAUGUAACAAUCCUAAUGGACAUGGCCACAACUACGUAGUAAAAGUUACUGUAUGUGGAGAAAUAGAUAAUGAAACUGGUAUGGUUAUGAAUAUGGCAGAUCUAAAAAAGUACAUGGAAGAAGCUAUAACAAAACCAAUGGACCAUAAAAAUCUUGAUUUAGAUGUCAUUUUUUUUGCAGAUAAACCAAGUACAACUGAGAAUGUCAGUGUUUUUAUAUGGGAAUCUUUGAAACGAAUUAUGUCAAGUCCAGAAUUAUUACACAAAAUAGAAGUAUAUGAGACAGAAAAUAAUAUUGUUACUUAUUAUGGAGAUUAGAUGCAAUUAGUAUUAAAAAUUAAAACGGAAGUCAUUGCAAAACUAUAUUGUGUAAAGUAAUUAAAGUAUUUGUAAGAUAUAUACUUACUUGGCUUGUGUAAAUUGGGUAUUGUAGAUACGAAACCAAUUUUUUAACAAACAUGUCAUUUUAUUUAUUCCUUAAUCAAUAAAGGAUUCAUUUUAUA